AUGAAUGGAGUGGGCCGUCCCACUGAGGAAACAUGCGGCGCUCUCGUUCCGCCCCCGCCUCCCAGCUGCUGCGCCGCAGCAUGUCAACUCUGCAACGCCGCACAUAAGAAUCGCCCAAUUCCCGCCAUCUUCGCGCUGCACAAUUGCAGACGGGACGUGAACCUGCUUCAAGAGACAGCCAUGGGCAAACCGACGGACAUCCCCCCGACUUUCCCAGACACUGCGUACUCCGGCCUCGACCGUGCUGACUCCCUGCCGCCGCCUUAUUCAGAACAUGAUCAGACACGCCCCCAGCAGGCCCCGCGAUAUGACAUCGUCAGCGGUUCGUCUGUGGGCGGUUCGACAAGCCUACAAAGUGCAACGAUUCGAUUCCCUCCUACAAUGAAUGGCUACUUCUCUUGGAAGUCCACCACGACGUUUCACAUGGGCCCGACCGCCGACGAGAAGCUCUUCGCCGUGUCCAUGCCGACGGGCUUCUUCAACAACAAACCCUCCAUCGUACUAUACAACGGCCCGACCAACAAGCAUCCGAUUCUCGCGACCUCGCGCAUUGACAAAUGGGGUCGCACGAGGCCCAUCGAAAUUGUCCUGCACCCGCGGCCUGGCCACCCAAGGGAAGCGGAAACGACUAGCCAGAUGUUCCCCUCGGCCCCUAACCAUCAUUCCGCCGCUUUUACCUUCGAAGUCGCCACGGGUAAUAAAGGCACGGAAUGCGAGCACUUUGAAUGGCGGUUCAGUCAUGGCAACGAGAUCAAACAACUGGCGUCCGGCCACUCGUCCGGCUGGAAAUUGGUGCGGCUGUCUGGGCCAGUCCACGGGGAAGGCGGCAAGAGAAAGGAGCGUGAUCUGGGGGUCUCUAGUGAUGGACUCGAGAUCGUGGCCCUUCUCGCGCACAAUAUGUCGAUGAGCAUGACCAAAGGGUUCCUCUUCGCAUUUAUGGGAUCCGGACUCACCGGCACCCUGGGCGAGGAUUGGGAGGUGACCACCGUAGUGACGGCCCUGCAGCUGUGGUUUUUCGAUGUCUGCCAUGCGACGCCAGUAGGGAAUGUCGCCCCCACCGACAGAGCCGCAUCUACCUAG